CAUUGCACCAGUCUCCUCUAACAGAAACAAACAGCCAUGCAAAUACCUGUUAUCUUAAGAUUUCGUUUCAAAAUGAAAUAAUUUUUUCAUUCUUCUCUUUAAUAUUUAUAACACUAAAUACAUAUUAAAUACUUUGUUUGUUGUCUUACACCAAAUAAUAUGAUCAAGCAUGUCUUAUUCCCUGACGCUUUCUGGCGCGCUGAGGCAUACAUACCCGGGUCCCCCUCAUGAAAUGUACAAAACGGCGAUUGCAUAAUUAACUUACGAAAGUUGUCAGUGACGAACUCCGAACCGGCUGAAAUUUCGGGAUAAACUGUGGUAACAAUAUGGCUUCUGAGCACAGUUUGAUGGUUUGAUAGACUUGUGAAGAUUCUCAAGUCUUAUUCUACAUUUUGAGCCAGAAAUUUUGGGUUUCUUUCUCCUGUCAGAGUUGUGAAUUGUGUUCUCACUAUUCAAGUGACUAUGCCGCUUCGGUUUCUUCUCAGGUACCUUGCUAACAAUGAGCAACUUAUAGAAAAGCUGGCAGAAUCUCGCAUCAUGAGACGGCUGGCUCAGAUGACGGCAUAUUCUAUCAACAAAGCACAAGCCUUAAGCCAUGAAGCAAUUGAGAAGGCAUCAGAAUCAGAAGUCCUCAAGAAGAUGGCCGAUGGUUCGACGGAUCAGAAUGAUAAAGUUACAUCUUCCUUCUCUAGAACUUUUGCCAGGGAACUCCGGGAAGGAAUGAAGGACAUUGAGAAAGAGAUCAAAAAGAAACAGUUCAAAGAAUGAUCUUUGGCGGAAUCGUAUCAUAUUUAUAUGCAAUGAGAUUUUGUACAUAAACACUACAGAGGAAUGCAACAGUAAAGUGUAUCAUUUCGCCAUGGGGUGCUCUUUACCAAGGAGAAAUUGCCUUGGUGCCCUUGCCCUUUCAAAAAUGAAGCAUACAGAGUACAGGUCAGGUUAGGUGACGGUAUAGACCAUAAUGAACUUUGUUUACAAUUGGCCUACGUGUGACCUUGUGCUUUCUUUAUUCUAGUAUUCUGGCAGGCAAGAUACUACACUGGUCAUAUGGGAAAGUUGACGGUUUGUGUCAUUAUUUCCACAUAAAU